CGCUGCACCUGUCCCUGGUGUUCUCCCAAGAGCAUGGCUUGCUCGUCUUUAUCCACAGAUCCCUCGGCAUCGAGGAGUUUCGAGAUUGCAGGGAAGAAGCUUUGAAGUUUCUUUGCGUCUUUAUGGAAAAAGUUGGUGACAAAGUUCAUCCUUAUGCCUGUAAUAUUAAGCAAACUUGUAUGAGUGUUUAUACGAAAGAGAGAGCAGCAAAAUGCAAAAUCCCAGCUCUGGAACUUCUGAUCAAGUUGCUCCAGAGUUUACGACGUUCCUGUCUGAUGGAAGAAAUGAAAGUUGGGGAGAUAUUUAAUAAAUUUUAUGGGGAACUUGCCACAAAAAGUAAAGUUCCUGAUACAGUACUGGAGAAGAUUUAUGAGCUUUUGGGAGUUUUGGGAGAGGUCCAGCCUAGUGACAUGAUUAACAACUCUGAAAAACUAUUCCGAGCUUAUUUGGGAGAGCUUAAAACACAGAUGACAUCAGCUACAAGGGUACCCAAGCUACCUGUUGUAGCAGGAUGUCUGAGGGGACUGGCUGCACUCAUGUACAACUUCACCAAAUCUGUGGACGAAGAUCCUCAGACUGCAAAGGAGAUUUUUGAUUUUGCCAUGAAGGCGAUCAACCCACAGGUUGAUCCGAAGCGAUACGCGGUACCUCUAGCUGGUUUGCAGUUGUUCAGCUGGCAUGCGGCUCAGUUUGGUGCCUUGCUCCUGGACAACUAUGUGUCCCUCUUUGAGGCAAUGUGUAAAUGGUGUGGCCACACAAAUCAGGAGCUGAAGAAAGCCAGUCAUUCUGCGUUAGAAUCGUUCCUCAAGCAGGUUUCUUUAAUGGUAGCGAAGGAUGCAGAGCUACACAAGAGCAAGUUGCAGUUCUUCAUGGAGCAGUUCUACGGAAUCAUCAGAAGAAUGGAUUCGAGCCACAAAGAGUUGUCCAUUGCCAUUCGCGGAUACGGGCUUUUUGCAGCACCCUGUAAAGCUAUACGUUCUAAGGAUGUUGAUGACAUGUAUGUUGAGCUCCUUCAGCGUUGUAAGCAAAUGUACCUCACAGAAGCAGAAACGAUAGAUGACCAUCUGUAUCAGCUGCCAAGUUUCCUCCAGUCCAUCGCAAGCGUGAUAUUCCAUAUAGAUACAGUUCCUGAAAUAUACACUCCAGUUCUUGAACAUCUAGUUGUGCUGCAGAUCAAUAGCUUUCCACAAUACAGUGAAAAAAUGCAGUUAGUCUGUUGCAGAUCCAUAAUAAAGGUAUUUCUAGCCCUCUCCGGAAAAGGUCCAGUUCUCUGGAGUUUUAUUAGCACUGUGGUGCAUCAGGGAUUAAUCAGAAUCUUCUCCAAGCCAAUCAUGUUUUCAAAGAAUUCUUCUGGAAAAGAAACUUCUGAAUCAGAAGAAUACCGUGAAGCUGGAGGGGCUGGGACAGGGAGAUGGAAAGUACCAACGUGUAAGGACUAUCUGUAUCUCUUUAGAAGUCUACUGAACUGUGACACAAUGAAGGAAUGUGGCUUUGAAGAUGAAAACUUCCUUACUGAGAAUUCACCACUGCAGUCCCUGAGUCGCUUGCUGUAUGAUGAACUUAUAAAAUCUGUUUUGAAGAUUAUUGAGAAAUUGGACUUGACUGUUCAGAAGCUGGAUGCUAAUGGACAGGAUGAGAAUGAAACUGAGAGUGCUUUGAUCGGGCCUACUUCUGACCCUGCUUCGAACCUUCAGCCGACGAAGCCGACAGACUUUAUUGCCUUCAUAAAUCUAGUGGAAUUCUGCAGAGAGAUACUUCCAGAGAAGCAUGUUGAAUACUUUAACCCUUGGGUAUAUUCCUUUGGUUAUGAGCUUAUUAUACAUUCAACGAGACUACCUCUUAUUAGUGGAUUCUACAAGCUGCUUUCUGUUACGAUGAAAAUUGCCAAGAAAAUAAAAUAUUUUGAGGGUGUCAGCCCAAGCAGUCUCAGAACAUGUCCUGAAGACCUAGAAAAGAGGUCUUGCUUUGCACUGUUUGUAAAGUUUGGAAAAGAGGUUGCAGCAAAAAUGAAACAGUAUAAGGAUGAGUUGUUGGCGUCCUGUCUGAAUUUUUUGCUGUCUUUACCGCAUGACAUCAUCAUGCUUGAUAUCAAAGCAUAUAUUCCCGCCCUGCAGAAUGCAUUUAAGCUGGGCCUUAGCUGUACCCCAAUGGCUGACCUGGGACUGGAUGCUCUGGAAGACUGGUCAGCUCACAUCCCCAGACAUAUAAUACAACCCUACUACAAGGAUGUUCUACCUCUUCUUGAUGGUUAUUUGAAAAACUCUACAUCUACAGUUGAAUCUCAGAAUAACUGGGAAGUAAGGAAACUUUCUCGAGCAGCCCAGAAGGGAUUUAAUAAAGUUGUGAUACAGCGUUUAAGAAAAGCAAAGACUUUUUCAUUGGAUGAUAGCCCCUCCUUGGAAGCAGUGAGGACUAGAGUGGCACGCCUUCUUGGAUCUUUGGGAGGGCAGAUCAACCACAACUUAAUUACAGCUACCUCUGCAGAAGAAAUGAUGAAGAAAUGUGUAUCCUGGGACACUGAGAAGCGUCUGAGCUUUGCUGUGCCGUUUGCAGAUAUGAAGCCUGUCAUCUACUUGGAUUUAUUCUUGCCUCGUGUGACUGAACUGGCUCUUUCUGCAAGUGACAGACAAACAAAAGUUGCCGCGUGUGAGCUGCUCCAUAGCAUAGUCACGUAUAUGUUGGGGAAAGCAUCUCAGAUGCCCGAAGGACGUGAGGGUCCCCCACCCAUGUAUCAGUUACAUAAGCGAAUAUUUCCAGUGCUGCUUCGUCUUGCUUGUGAUGUAGACCAGGUAACAAGACAGUUGUAUGAGCCUUUAGUCAUGCAACUCAUUCACUGGUUUACCAACAACAAAAAAUUUGAGAGUCAAGACACAGUGGCCUUCCUGGAAGCUAUCUUGAGUGGCAUAGUGGAUCCGGUUGACAGCACUUUGAGAGAUUUCUGUGGUCAGUGCGUACAGGAAUUUUUGAAAUGGUCUAUUAAGCAGACCACACCGAGGCAGCAGGAGAAAAGCCCAGCAAACACCAAGUCUCUUUUUAAACGGUUGUAUAGUCUUGCUCUUCAUCCCAGUGCUUUCAAGAGACUGGGGGCAGCACUUGCUUUUAACAGCAUCUACAGAGAAUUUCGGGAAGAAAAUUCUCUGGUGGAGCAGUUCGUAUUUGAAGCAUUGGUUGUAUUUCUGGAAAGUCUGGCCUUAACCCAUACAGAUGAGAAAUCAUUAGGUACCACUCAACAAUGUUGUGAUGCUAUUAAUCAUCUGAAGCGCAUAAUCAAGCAUAAAGCACCUUCUCUGAACAAGGAAGGGAAACGGCGAGUACCACGAGGAUUUCCAGCUACUAAGUCAGUGUGUCUUCUGGAUGUCAUCAUGUGGCUCUUGGUGCAGUGUGGACGACCUCAGACAGAGUGCCGACAUAAAGCCAUGGAACUCUUCUAUGAAUUUGUUCCUUUAUUACCAGGAAACAAGUCUCCAUCUUCUUGGCUGGCUGAUAUUCUGAAAAACCGAGACGUUUCUUUCCUCAUUAACAAAUUUGAAGGAGGAGGCAGCGAUGCCAGAAGUCCAUCUGGGAUCCUUUCUCAGCCAACUCUCCGUGGUAUGCAGGAGCCCUUCAGUUUACAGACUGUCAUGCGGUGGCUGGAUAUGUUCUUAGCAGCGCUGGACUGCUACAAUACCUUCUUUGAGCUGCGAAUGAUCAAACCUCAUGAAAUACUGGGUGCGAAUGAAAGAUCCUCAUUCUUGGAAUCCGUGCAGUUCUUCCUUGAAACGAUCGCUUUGCGCGAUAUCCACGCGGCAGAGCAGUGCUUUGAUUGCCGUUCGAAAGGCAGCUUGUUCAGUCCACAUGAGAGAGACCUGUAUAAUUACAGCAAGUGUACCAUUAUUGUCCGAAUUAUGGAGUUUGUCACCAUGAUCUUGGAAACAUGCCAGCAGGAUUUCUGGAAGCUACUGGAGAAGGAACUGCUUAAUGCAAGCCUUAUAGAGCUUCUGGUGGUGACAGUGUGUGAUCCAUCACACAUAGGCUUCAACACGGCUGAUGUGCAAGUCAUGAAAAAUCUCCCAGAUAUCUCAGUAAGACUCAUGAAAGCUUUGAUGAAAUCUCCCUACAAGGAGUCUUUGAAACUGUGCAUAAAGAAACGAAUCACACCACAGAGCCUUGAGGACCUUUGUUCGGUUGAUCUGUUUAAUUCAGAUGCACGUUUUGAUCAAGUUAAGUUUAGUGCUGUCCUUUCUGCCUGCAAGCAACUCCAGAAAGCUGGCCUGCUUCGUUCUGUUCUUCACGAUCAGGAUGAAAGGCCUCACUUCUCAGUUGGCUCUAAGCUUCUUUCAGUUGUUUACAAGGGCAUUGCACCUGGGGGUGAAAGGGUGUCUCUUCCAUCGUUAAACGUCAGCAGUAAGCGAUUAGCUGAGAGACUCCUGCAGCUAGCCUUCGCUAUUGAUGACCAGUGUGAGGAGCUAGUAAGUCUGCUGUUGAACACAGUAGUGUUAUCUGUGCCACUGUCAGGAGCAUCCCAGAGGAACCUCAUCGCUUUCUCUCAUGGACAGUAUUUCUACAGCCUGUUCUCAGAAACCAUCAAUCAACAGCUGCUGAAAAACCUGGAUGUGAUCAUAGUCCAGCUUAUGGAAUCAUCCAUCAGCCAUCCCCAAAUGGUUGGCAGCAUUUUGAACGGCAUGUUAGAUCAGAGUUUUAGGGAGCGUGCUGUACGCAAGCAGCAAGGAGUGAAACUGGUCACAGCUGUGCUAAGAAACUGGGACAAACUUGACAGCUGGUGGGCCAAAGGUGCAGCUCCCGAGAGCAAAAUGGCAGUGUUGACCCUGCUGGCAAAAGUUCUGCAGAUUGACUCUUCAGUUUCUUUCAAUACCAAUCAUGAAGCAUUUACAGCUGUUUUUAAUACCUACACCAGUCUGCUUAUUGAUCAGAAUUUAGGCUUAAAUCUUAAGGGCCAAGCAAUUAUAAUUCUCCCGUUCUUCACUAAUUUGACUGGAGAAAAACUUAACGACCUUAAGAAUGCUCUUGAUCAACUUGUAGCUUCCAAUUUUCCCAUGAGGUCUGAUGAGUUUCCCAAAGGAACCUUGAAGCACAAUAACUAUGUAGACUGCACUAAGAAGUUUUUAGAUGCCUUAGAAUUGUCUCAGAGUCCAACGUUACUGCAGUUGAUGACAGAAGUCCUCUGCAGGGAUCACAGACACUUCAUGGAGGACUUAUUUCAAGCCAGCUUCAAAAGAAUUUCCAGAAGGAGCACCACUGACAAGCAAGUGAUGCUGUUGGACACUGUUCACAAAAUGUUCCAGAGUGAAGACCUUCUUUCAAACACUACUCGUCAAGCAUUUAUGGAUCGCUCCCUCCUCACUCUCGUAUGGCACUGCGAUCACAGUUUAUAUGAAGUUUAUCUCCAAUUGGAAGUCUCUGCUCUUGAUGUUUUGCUUAUUUGUUUCCAGUCCAAUGAAUAUACUUUUGAUACACAAGUCACCAAGAAAAUGGGGUAUUACAAGCUGCUAGAAGUGAUGUACGUGCGUCUUUCAAAAGAGGAUGUUUACUCCAAGGACUCUAAAAUUAACCAAGCUUACCGUGGCUCCAUGAGUGUCGAAGGGAAUGAACUUACCAAAACUCUAAUAAA